AUGGCAAGCCAAUUGGAAUUCAAUCUUAAUCAGAUUCAGGUAGAGUUCAUUCUAAGCAAAAUGCCUAAGGGGUAUUCUCUUUUGCAGUCGAAUCUCUUGAAAUCACGCGAAUAAAGAGUGGUAAAGUUUCCCUCCUUAUUAGUUGAAUAGCCGAAAAAGGUCAACAAAUACGAUGCUUCAUUCCAAAGCAACAAAUAGGAAGUAGUCGAAGAUAAAGGCAAGAGAUCUCAAAGAAUAGCUCCGAUUCAAAAGGAAUAAGUCAAAAUUCAAUUGGAUGAUAAUUGCAAGAAGGGAUUAUAACUUCUUCAAAAAUUCAAAUCCCAUCCAGCAUUUAAUGAGAUUAAUGCUUCUGGGUAUUUAAAUAUCGAUAAAAUUGAAGCUUCCUUCAAAUAGGAGGGUAAUCUGAUGAAUCUUUGGAAUCAAAUUAGAAUCGCAUUACAAAAACUAACCUAAUCUGCUUCAUCCACCCAAAUGCAGGAUCAAGUCACCUUCUUAGAAAACCACUUUUAUCAAGUUUUCAAGCCAAUCUAAAAUGAAUAAAAAUAAACAUCCACAUCUACGAAAAGCAUCCCAAUCAACAACAAAGUCACUUCCAAUAAAGUGAAAGAGUCUUAAUCCUAAAAAAAAUAAGAUACUCACAUCACAUUCGAAGAAAAAAGAUAAUUGGGACAACACAUAAGAGAAUUACCUUAAGAACAUCUGAAGGCAGUCUGGGAAAUAGUGUAGUAAAGUGUUUAAAAUCAAGAAGCUGAAGAAUUAGAAUUUGAUAUUGAUUAAUUGCCAGCCAAAGUAAUCCGUAAAUUGUAAGAGUAUGUUCAAUCCAAAUUAAAAACUAAAAAGGUUAAAGUUGAUCCCUCAAUCAACUACAGCUCCUAAAAAUCCAACAACUAAGAAGAUAGUUCUUUUCCCUCUGAGUCCUCUGAUUGAGAUAUUAUUAAUAUUCAACAUCUAUAUUUAACUAUUUUGAAUUACAAUAUCUUAGUUAGAUUUCAAAUCGACCAACGAUGUCAUAUAUCAUUACAAACACCAAAUAUCAAGUAUUUUAUAAAAUAUCCCUUUAACUGAAUAUUCACUUACUAAAAUAUAUAUAUAUAUAAUAAUAUCAUUUACAAAA